AUGAUAACAUGGUUUGUGGGUCACUGUUCCACGCCAAUUCGACGAGAGGAAUAUGUUCAUAAACUUAGUCAAUAUGUUCCUAUAGACGUUUAUGGCAACUGCACAGAAAAAUGUCCGUCUCACUGUGAUGAGAUGUUGCGUACUCAAUACAAAUUCUACUUGGCAUUUGAAAACUCUUGGUGUCCUGACUACGUAACAGAAAAGUUCAUCCGGCCUUAUUUGUAUGAAGCCAUACCUAUUUUUCUUGGAGGUGCAGAUUACAGUAAAUAUGCCCCACCUAACUCUUACAUAAACGCUCGGGACUUUGCCUCUCCAAAACAAUUAGCUGAAUAUCUUAUGCUACUAGAUAAAUCGGAUUCACUUUAUGCCAGUUACUUUUCAUGGAAAAAAGAUUACUAUGUUUCAGUUCCGGACAUGUUUGGAUGGUGCGAAUUAUGUCGCAUGAUUCAUGACAGCAGUCUUCCAAGACAAGUUUACCCCGAUAUAAAAAAAUGGUGGAUGGCAGAAGCAGGGAAGUGUGAAUCAGAUUCAACACAGUAUUUCUAA